GGCACAGUGAGUUCAGAGGUGUCAUGGCGGUUGGGUCUUUCCCGGAGGAAGACGGCGUUUCGCGGGGGGAAACAGCCCAGCGCGCACUAGUUGUCGCUCGGCGGAGAGAUACACGACGCAGCCGGGACUUUGUGUGAGCGGAGCUGAAUGGAGGCAGCCUCUUCCUGGUGGAUAAACAGUGACAGCUACAGGGCAGCCACCUAGACCCACCACACAGGCUCUGGCGCUGCCCUGGCAAACAACACCAAAAUGGCUUCAGACAGUACACACAUCGCGCAGUUGACUUCUGAACUGUACUUCCUAAUAGCCCGAUUUCUAGAAGCUGGACCGUGUCAAAAAGCAGCCGAGACCCUGAUAAGGGAGGUGGAGGAGAAGGAGCUGCUACCCAUAAGGCUGGACUGGACAGGGCAGGAACACCCCGGGACGUACGAAAAUUUGGGCACCUUUGCUUUUGAAAAUCUCAGCAAACCAACAGGCAUUUGGGUGAAGCAAUACCGCCACAUCAGUCCAGACCACCUGCUGCAGGUCUGCUCCAGAGUUUGUCCACUGCUGGAGAGGGAGGUCCCUGCCAGUGUGCCCGGACUCACCAGCCUGCUGGGGGCUGGAAGGCAGAAUCUCCUCCGCACCAGCAAGAACUGCAAGCAUGUUGUGUGGAAGGGCUCAGCGCUGGCUGCGCUGCACUGUGGACGACCACCGGAGCCGCCUAUUAUCUAUGGGAGCCCACCUAACAUUGUCGAGACAUGCUUCAGCCGUCGACUGAAUGGCUCCUAUCGUCUCCGGCAGCUGGUGCCCACGGCCGUGUACCUGCACAUGAAGAUGCACAAGAGGAUCCUGGGACACCUGUCGUCCGUGUACUGCCUCACCUUCGACAGGACGGGACGACGCAUCUUCACGGGCUCAGACGACUGCCUGGUGAAGAUCUGGGGAACAGAUGACGGGCGUCUGCUGGCGACGCUCCGUGGCCACGCCGCUGAGAUUUCCGACAUGGCCGUCAGCUACGAGAACACAAUGAUCGCGGCCGGGUCCUGUGACAAGACCAUCAGGGUGUGGUGCUUACAGACCUGCGCCCCUUUGGCCGUCCUGGAGGGUCAUGCAGCGUCUAUCACAUCACUGCAGUUUUCGCCUCUCUGUUGCGGCUCAAAGCGCUACCUGUCCUCCACCGGAGCUGACGGCACCAUCUGCUUCUGGCAGUGGGACGCACGCACGCUCAAGUUUGGGCAGAGGCCCAGUAAAUUCACGGAGCGUUCCAGACCUGGCGUCCAGAUGAUCUGCUCCUCCUUCAGCGCAGGUGGUAUGUUCAUGGCCACAGGAAGUACAGAUCACAUCAUCAGGGUGUACUAUUUCGGCUCAGGCCAACCAGAGAAGAUCUCUGAGCUUGAGUCUCACACAGACAAAGUCGACAGCAUCCAGUUCUCACAUUGCAGUGACAGGUUUGUAAGCGGCAGCAGGGACGGUACAGCACGAAUCUGGCAGCUGCAGCCUCAGGGCUGGAGGAGCAUUCUGCUGGACAUGCAGACCAAAUUACCCGGGAAGUACAAUCCUCCCCCGCUGGAAGACAAAGUGACCAAGCUGAAGGUUACUAUGGUAGCAUGGGAUCGCCACGACGGUACGGUGAUCACAGCGGCCAACAAUCUGACGCUGAAGGUGUGGAACUCCAUCACCGGCAACCUCGUCCACGUCCUGAUGGGUCACGAGGACGAGGUGUUUGUCCUGGAGCCGCAUCCCUUUGAUCCAAGGAUCCUCUUCUCAGCAGGGCAUGAUGGGAAUUGCAUUGUGUGGGACCUGGCCAGAGGAGUCAAGAUCCGCUCCUAUUUUAACAUGAUCGAGGGCCAAGGGCACGGAGCCCUGUUCGACUGCAAAUGUAGUCCAGAUGGGCAGCAUUUUGCAGCCACUGACUCCCAUGGACAUCUGCUCAUAUUUGGCUUUGGCUCCAGCAGCAAGUAUGACAAGAUAGCGGACCAGAUGUUCUUCCACACCGACUACCGGCCGCUGAUCCGAGAUGCCAACAAUUACGUCCUGGAAGAGCAGACUCAGCAGGCGCCACACCUGAUGCCCCCUCCCUUCCUGGUGGACGUGGACGGGAACCCCCACGCCCCCAGAUACCAGCGGCUGGUGCCCGGCAGGGAGGGCUGCAGAGACGAGCAGCUCAUCCCACAGAUGGGCGUCACUUCCUCAGGCCUGAAUCAAGUGGUGAGUGAGCAGGCGGUGGACGGUCCCAGUCCUCUAGACACGAUGAUUCAGAGGCUGCAGCAGGAACAGGACCAAAGACUGGGAACGAAUGACACUUCUGCCUCAGCAAACACCAGGUCCAGCAGAGGAUCGGUGGGUUCGCCCACAGAGGUGCACUCUCCGCCCAAUGUUGGUCUGCGUCGCAGCGGGCAGAUCGAGGGUGUCCGCCAGAUGCACAGCAACGCCCCGCGCAGCCAGAUGGCCACAGAAGGAGACCUAGUGGCCUGGAGCCGCAGGGUGCUGGUCCCUGAGCUGGAGGACGCCUCUGUCAGGAGACAGGUAAACUGGCGUGAGGCUAAAGGGGAGGAGGAGAUAAAUAUUUAUCAGUCAGAAAGGAGGAGACGCACCAUCCACUCGCUCCCCAAGGAGAGCAGGGUUCAUCCAACAUCAGAGUCAGUUGAUGAGGGGAGGAGGAGCCAAGGUAACCACGGCUACCACACACGUGCGGCUAUGGAGGAGACGAGCCGCCAGAGCGCCGAGGCUGCUGAUGACGAUGAAAGCACCUCAGAGGCAGAGGUGGAGGUACGGCAAAUCAACGGGCAUUCCUCAGAGGACGAGAAGGAAGAAGAGCAAAAGGAGCCCUGGCCAGACGACCACAGUAGCUCAAGCGACUACUCCAGCGAUUACUCUGACUGGACGGCGGACGCGGGGAUCAACCUCGAGCCGCCCAAGAAGAGUGUGAAAGUGAAAAAGAAGAGCAGCGGCUCUGAGGAGGACGGAGAGAAGAAGAGGGACGGCAAGAAGGAAAGGAAGAAAGACAAAGCAGACAAAGACGGCACGUUACCAAAGAAGAAGCAGCCAAAGGAGAAAAGGAAGAGGACAGACCUUCAGGAGCAAGGCCUCACUCUGGAGGAGUGGCUUCCCUCGGCCUGGAUCACAGACACGGUCCCCCGGAGAUGUCCUUACAUACCCCAGAUGGGAGACGAGGUAUACUACUUCAGACAGGGCCACGAAGCCUAUGUGGAGAUGGCCAAACAAAAAAAGAUUUACAGCAUCAAUCCUAAGAAGCAGCCCUGGCACAAGAUGGAGCUACGGGAGCAGGAACUGAUGAAGAUAGUCGGCAUCAAGUACGAGGUCGGCUUGCCCACACUGUGCUGUCUGAAACUUUCCUUCCUGGACCCCGACACCGGAAAACUGACCGGAGGAUCCUUCUCUAUGAAAUACCACGACAUGCCUGAUGUAAUCGACUUCCUGGUUCUGAGGCAACAGUUUGACAACGCCAGAAAGAGGCAGUGGACUAUAGGUGACAGGUUUCGGUCAGUGAUUGACGACGCCUGGUGGUUUGGGACCAUUGAGAGCCAGGAGCCGUACCAGCCUCAGUAUCCUGACAGCCUGUUUCAGUGCUACAACGUCUGCUGGGAUAAUGGAGACACAGAGAAGAUGAGUCCUUGGGACAUGGAGCCCAUCCCUGACGACGCUGCUCUCUCCUCUGCAGCCACGUUCCCUGAAGAGUUGGGCAUGAGUGUCCCGCUGAUAGAAGAAGAGCAGAAGGAGCUGCUGUACGUCCCACUGGACGGGGAAUGGGGCUGCCGCACACGCGCAGAGGAGUGUGAACGCAUCAUCAAAGCCAUCGACCAGCUCUGCACACUCGAUGUGGCAGCGCCGUUUGCCUUUCCAGUGGACCUACAAGCCUACCCCACAUACUGCACAGUGGUGGCCUACGUCACUGACCUCAGCACCAUCCGGCAGAGGCUGGUGAACCGCUUCUACAGACGCCUGUCCUCUCUGAUGUGGGAGGUUCGUUAUAUCGAACACAACGCCCAAACAUUCAAUGAGCCCGGAUCAUUCAUUGUCACUACGGCCAAGUUUGUCUCUGACCUCAUGCUGCAAUUCAUCAAGGACCAAAAUCUGACAGACCUCAUGCCCCUCUAUAAAACUAUGAAGAAGGCUACCUUCUCUGACUCUGAAGAUGAGGACGAUGAGGAGGAGGAUGAAGAUACUAACACUCCUGGAACGUCCACAAGAAACCAUAAGGGUCGUCGACCCACACAGCGGCAACUGCGAACCCGCCCCCCUUCCUAUGACCCUCAUGCGUGGAGAGGACGCUGUAAGGAGCUGCUAGAUCUCAUCUUUCAGUGUGAAGACUCGGAGCCUUUCAGAGAACCUGUGGACCUGCACGAGUACCCGGACUACCUGCAAAUAGUUGACUCACCGAUGGACUUUGGCACCGUCCUCAACACCCUCAAAGAAGGAAAGUACCAAUCUCCCAUCGAGCUCUGCAAAGAUGUCCGGCUCAUUUUCAGCAAUUCCAAAGCUUACACGCCCAGUAAGAAGUCUCGGAUCUACAGCAUGAGUCUGAGGCUCUCUGCACUGUUUGAGGAGCACGUCAGCUCCAUCCUGGCCGACUACAAGGCCAUCCACGGCCUGACGGAUAAACUGACCCGACAGGGCACGGACAGACAGACACGACACGCUACAGACAGGCAGACACGGCACGCCAUGAAGAGGAGGAGGAGGAGGAGCGAAUCUCCAACAAGCAGCACUGCAUCCAGUCCAGAGAGGAAGAGACGUGUGUCGUUGAGGGUGACAGGAAAAAAGGAGCCAUCACCACCUCCUGCACGACCCUCCUCUCUGAGACAGAGCACCCCCCUCAAACAGCCCCCUCAGCUGGUCAACGGGAAGGCAGAGACGCCGGCUGCAGGGCGGACACGAAGUGGGGCACGCCAUUCUACACACUCGCCACCCUCCUCAUCCUCCUCACAUAACGCUGUGAGCAACACACAGAGCACAGCAGAGUCUACCCGCUCACUGAGGGCUCAUAACUCUGUGUCAGCUCCACCGCCACCAGCUCCUGAAAAGGUGACGCCUUCUCCAGCUGCGGAAAGUAGCAGUGGAGGAAGCACCCGGAGGAAACUCAGGACUCCUGUACGACACACACCUGGCUCUCCUGCCAGCCCAUCAUCUCAGAGCACAGCCCACCUGAACGGCCACAGCAGUCAUGUGACCCUGGGAGUGGGGAGGAGGGGGCGGAAAUCCAAAGUAGAGCCGCCAGUCAGCCCUCCAGAAGUCACAACUCCAGGGAGCCCCUCCAGACCACGAGGCCGCCCUCCUGGCAAGAAGAGAGGCAGGAAGAGCAAGCAGGAGCUGGAAGAGAUGAGACGGAACAGCACCCGCAGGAGCUCCACCCCCGAUGACGAGCUUGACCAAUCAACAGGGGACGAAGGCGGGACAUCUUCGGCGCAGGAGACAUCUGUGCUGUCGGACUCAGGCGCGGCGUCUACGCCGAGACGGCGCGGCCGGCCUCGAGCAGUAAGAACUGACGAAGCCACUCCUCCUCCUGCUGAGUCACCUGAGCCCUCGCCACUGAGAAGGAGCAGCAGGAGAGCCAACGAGGAGGUCACGCCUCCUAGCCAGGCUGCUCCUCAGCAGAGGAGCAGAUCCAAUCGAAAUGAAUCUCCAAAGGAGGAGGCAGGAGAGGAGGCAGGAGGGUCGAUGCGCACGCGCAACCAGGGGCGACGGUCCGCCUGGUACAUGGAGGAGGACUCUGAGGAGGAGCAGAGGCAGCUGCUGUUUGAGGACUCGUCAAUCACCUUUGGCACCUCCUCGAAGGGACGCGUCCGCAAGCUGACAGAAAAGGCCAAAGCCAACCUGAUAGGCUGGUAACGGAGGUCAGACACACAGGAUGUGAGGAGGAGGCUGACAGAAGAGGAAAUCCGCCUGAGAUUUCUUCACAUCGGAGGAAGUUGAGGAAGACAUGCUUGGUGUCGUACACAUCUGUGCGUGUAUGUCCGGGAGCUGCUCGUCCAGCUGCUGCUGUUCAAAGCUGUGGCGAUGGAGAAACACAACAGCUGUCUGCUGUUGUCCGCUCCUCCUUCCUCUCGGCCCAGUAAGCACAUCACUACGCCAGAUAACGCAUGUUCAUACGACUCCUCCAACAUUAUUGGUCCAUGUUGGAUCCCAAGGGAGCUCACUGACUCACUCCUGUCCAGCGAACCACUCUUCACCUCCGUCUGCCCUCAGACACUGUCAGGGUGACAGAGCGGGCGAAACAGUAGUCGAACAGUUUUAGUACUUGAAAAACAAAGUCAGGAGGAGAGCUGGAUGUAUCGUAUCUCACUCCUGAUAUUUUUGAGGACUUUUCAAGUGUCUCUGGCGGGUACGUCAAAGACGCCCACUGAGCUGAAAUUGUUAGGUCCGUGACGGAUUACAGACCGCUGGCCUGACAACGCCCCCUCCUUCAUUGCUCCUGCUCUUUUUUUAUACACCCCCCCCUUCUCUGCUUUUUCUAAGAUUUGUACGUGAUGAUCGGCUCUGUUUUGGAAGUCUUACAUCGGCUGACCUGAGCGUGUCCGUCUGCGCUAACAUACCAAAUGGCGUACCUCUGUUGGUACUGUAGAUUUGUAGGUUUUGUUUACCGUUGACGUGCGAGGGUGUGAGUUCUCUUUUUUUUUUUCUCGCAUGUUUAUUAGAAACAAAAAGCAUCUCUUUGUUUUUCUAGAAGCUGUUUUUACUGUGAGGAGGAGCGAACGGAUGCAUGGGUGAAAGGGGUCAUUUAUAUGUCUCGAUAGAUGUUUCAAUGCGUCCUCAACAUUAGCAAUACCUUGUGCCUUUAUGUCUUCGGUGUGUGUGCGUGUGUGUGCGAGUGCAUGUGUGUUUAAGGCCUCUGCCCUGCAAAGUACAUGUGCCUGUGUGUGACUGUGCGAGUUUGCGUGAACUGAAGGAGCGCGUGUUGUUUUUAUAACACAGAGUUGAGUGCGUCGUUCACUUUCAGCGUACAAACAGUGGCAUACAGUUCGAUCGUUGUGAAAAACCUCUCAAAGAAAUGUAUUUAUGGCAGUUUGAAAAAAGAAAAAAGACUUUACUGUUGUUGUAAAACCAUUAUUCAUGUCAAUAUAUUAUCCUAUAACCAACCUAUCGUCAGUUUAUACCUAAGGUACAGCAGCCAGUGGAGCUUUGGGUGACUAGCUUUGAGAUGCACUUACCACAGACCGGUUAUCAAUGCAGUCGUAGGGAGUAACCCUGUGUAUUUUAAAAAUUUAACAUAUAAAAAGGAACUUUUUAAGUGUUGAUAUGUUUCUAUGGUGACCAACCCCCCCCCCCCCCCCCCCCCACACACACACACACACACACACAGGAUUUCUGUCUCGCAUGUUCUAGCACUUUCACAAAACAGGAUCGAGCCAGAUCAAACCUGAUCGGACGGAAAGCAGAGAGAGACUGACAAGUCUUAUAUUCAUCUUUCUGAUUGUGUGCCUUCGCUACUCUGGCAUAUUGAAUCCUCCUUUUCUGCUUUUGGGGCCUUUUCUUUAUUUCUUUUUUUAUUUUGGACUUCCUGGUUCUGCUCAAGGAGACUUUGUGUAGUGUCCUCGGUUCAGAGAACUGGAUUUCGGAGACUGGACCGGACCUGACAGGCUCUUAUAGUGAAAGAGAGAAAAGACCGACUGAAGACAAACACGUCGCUCUCUCUCUGUACACACAGCUAAUGGACUGAGUUUAUAAUGAUGAAGCCUCCAGUUUUGAUACGUGUGUUUUUACCCCGGCGUUGGGCGCAACUGAUGCCAAAAUCAGCCACUUGUGUUGCAGGUUCGACCGGGGAGAACUGGACGGUAGCAUCUGUACACACCUGGUUCGUCUCGUAGGUCUUUGUCGUCACAUAUUAAUGAACAUAUAUCUCAUCUGUUAUCAUGUUUUUGUUAUGCAUUUGUCAAUGCCAAAUUCUGUCUUUGGGCACUGAAGUUUUUAGAACAUGGCUUUUGAAUGUGUUUUAUUUCCUGUCUCCACAGUCGAGUGCGUCGAGCUCUGUCACAUUUAACGUGUCAACUGUUUUCUGUCUGUGUCCCCCCCCGCCAUACAGGACGAUGUUUCCGUGACUAGAUCUGUGGAGUUAGAUCAGUGUUUUAUACUCUGUCACACUUAUUUGAGGAUACAAUUAACAACUGUUUUUUUCACUCAGUCACAAAAGAUUUGUUUAUAUUGUGUAUAUGAAGAGUUUUAUUACAGAUUGAGACAGCCUAAAACACUGACACCUUCCUCCGCAUAUGACUGCUGGAAUGGGAAUAACAAUUUUGGGGGUUUGUGUUAAAGGGUGACUUUGGUAUUUUUCAACCUGGACCCCAUUUGCACACAUUUUUGUGUCUGAGUGACUAAUGGGAACAACAGGUUUUAAAAUUGGUCCAGUAUUGAGCGAGAGGGCUGCAAAAUGGGCUGCACUGUAAAUACUUGGGGCAUGUUCACACUGUCAGUUUACGUCCACUGAAAGUGCUGGCUUUUGCCACUGAUAGGCUCUGAUUGUUAAUAGAAGUGUCCAACAACAUUAUGGAAAGGAUCCCUACAGAGAUAGACCUUUUUGUUAAAGAGUGACAUCCUUUUUUGUUCAACCACAACCAGCCCUGAAAUCGCCAACGCCAAACCUACCAGACUCCAUUUAAAUAAACAGUAAUUUUAGCGUGUAUAGAUCCAGCAUAUUUUCACAUGUAACUGGAUACUUAAGGGUUAAUUUAACCAAAUCAGAGUUGGUGAUGGUUGGAACAGUGGAGAGACAAACCAAGAUGGCUUGUGUGGGUUUUGUUUUCUUUCUGUCAACUUUGAAUUAAGUGAGUUUAACACUGAUAAAAUUACUGUUUUUUUACUGUUGAGUCUGGUGCAUUUGGCGAUAGCGAUUUCAUUGCUGUCUGGUUAAACAAAAGGAUCGUAAGUCCCUUUUACACUGUCUGUUCAAGGUAGGAAUGUCACACUGUGAGUCGGCCUCGUCGUUCUUUAUAAAAGAUACGAUCACGGGAAUUGAAUGGAGUUGUCUCGCCUUUAAGCUGGCAGCAGAGGGAGUAACAGCAUGAAAUAGACAUCUGUGUACAAGGGACAGCCGGCAGGACGAGACAAGCGUGAUGUUUUGACGGCCUGUUAUGUGUGCGACCCAUGGCCGGGAGAUUUACAAAGAAGUUAGCAGUUAGCAGCUAACUCAAAGAAAAAGAACAGCAGCCAAAGAAGCAUUGAGGUCCAGGAGCUCCUUACCCUCAGAGCAGAAGACGAGAUCAGCAGGCAUGUAACAGAUGCAGUGAGUGAUUGUUAUUGCCAUGUUAAUGCCAUUAUUACUGUUUAUGAAGCGCUGCCGACGCGUAUAUGUCACAUUUGAGGCUGAUGCUGUUGUGUCACAUGUCACACCCGUCACACCUCUUCUGCUUCUGCGAUGACAGCAUGCUGUCUAAAAUCACACACUGGAGCGUUGUGUUGUUUCCAUCCAUCCAUCCAUCCAUCCAUUUUCAUCCACUUAUCCGGGGCAGCAGGCCAAGCAAAAUACUCUAGACGUCCUUCUCCCCAGCAACGCUUUCCAGCUCCACCUGGGGGACAUCAAGGCUUUCUCAGGCCUAAUGAGAUAUGUAAUCCUUCCAGUGUGUUCUGGGUCUGCCCCGGGGCCUCCUACCAGUUGGACAUGCUUGGAACACCUCUAACAGGAGGCACCCAGGAGGAUACUGAUCAGAUGCCCCGAACCACCUCAACUGACUCCUUUCAACGCAAAAGAGCAGCAACUCUACUCCAAACUUCCUCAGGAUGUCCGAGCUCCUCACCCUAAGGCUGAACCCAGACACCCCAUGGAGGAAACUCAUUUCGGCCGCUUGUAUUCAUGAUCUUGUUCUUUCGGUCACUACCCAGAGCUCAUGACCAUAGGUGAGGGUUGGGGCGUAGUUGGACCAGUAAAUUGAAAGCUUUGCUGUGGUUUGGUUCUGUGUCAGAAUGCUAAGGCAGUGUCGUGCGAUCUCUGUGUAAAAUGGGCUUAACUCUUCAGCAAAAAGGGUCCGUCUCUGUAGGGAUACUUUCCAUAAAGUUGUCAGACACUCAGAAUAAUUAUUUGAGCCUGUCAGUGGCAAAAAGAAAGCACUUAAAGUGGACAUAAGUUGUUACAUUGCAGCCUUUUUCGCUGCUGCCACCUGCAGCCCUCUUAAUACUGGACCAGUUUCAGAAAAUGUUGUCGCCAUUUGUACCAUGAGAAAAUGGAGUCUAGGUUUAAAAAUGCAGAAGUCACCCUUUAAAAAUCGGAUGCUAAUGAUCUUUGCCCACAGAGCUAUGUAUUUGUGGGCAAAUAUCAUUCCUUCGUGGGCACAUAAAGGUUUUGGAUUGUUUUCUAUCUCAAUCACAAAUAAUCAUAUUUACAUAUAUGCACAGAUUAUCAUGAGUCGAGUUAGGAAACAUUAUUUCAGACCCAGGCUUCUCGAACCUUGUGAGCUCAAACACGAUGUUUACAAAAACACAGUACUUGAGAAUCCAAAAUGUCUGCCGCAUUUUACGCGGAUGUACAGAUUUCAUGAAUGAUCGGUGGCUCACCUGCUCCAACCUGCUUUUAGCCACUGUAUACCCAGAUAAUAAGGGGACGGCCGGGGGUGUUUGCCCUCUGGUUUCCCGUUGGAGUACAGUCAGAGUGGGAGUGCAGUCAGGUCGAUAUCAAACUAUUCUGCUCACGCGCUUCUUCAUCACAUCACCCACACUACCUGUAUUUAUCACAUCUGUCGGAGUAAAAGAGCUGAUUUAGAGUUGCGGGUCAGGUUACCUUAACCACGUUAGUGCAACCUGUAAUCAUUUCAAAGGGGCCUUAAAAGAAAGUCACUGGUUUAUAAACAAGGUUUAGGUUCUGACUUCAGUUUAUCUUUAACAACACGUUCUGACUCAGCAGCUCAGAUCAGCCCUCUUACUUCACCCCGCACUGCAUUUUGGAGCUCAUGUACACACACAUUUACCACAGGCCUGUGCUAAUGUGUGGCAGAGUUUUGUGUUGUUUGUGUCCUCUGGCUGAGCCUCAAAGCGUUUGGUCAGAGGUUAAAGGUCACGGGGUGUGUGUGUGUGUGUGACGUGGCUGCAUGUGAGCCACCAGGAAGCAUUUUUAAGUUUUAAGGGGACGGGACGGGAGGGGAAGGGGACAGGGGUCGUCUGUUUCACGUGAACUGAUGGAAGAGGAUGUCUUUGUUAGUUUGGAUACUUUUUAUAUAUAAAGGAAUUAAUGCAAAAAAGAAGCAUAAAGCUAGAAUGUAUGUGUAGGGGAGUAUUGCUGUCCUGUUAGUUCAUACCAAUAUUUUAAGUAAAUAAACAGUUGUGUUUCCAUA